UCGACUUGGGGAUUGCAAUCGCCGCUGACCAUCGAAGCGUGUCCUUUGGCUACUCAUAAAGAUGCCUGCCAGCGAUAGGCGACGUCGCCUCGCGUCCAGUGUGGUUAGAACACGAUGAGUGGCGACAUUGGCCAGUUGCUGCACAGUCAUUUGCGCUUCUACCAGCUGCUAGGAUUGCAUGGACUGCCGCUGCCUGGUGAUGGAUGGCCUGAGAACAGGGCGAAAUGGUUUCGCCUGUUCGCUGGUUGCCUGAUGAUCGGCUUCACGGCGUUGACUGUGGUGUGUUUGACCAGCUCGGAUGUGUUUCUCUACCAAGGCGAUUCCUUUGGCUGGUUCAACGAUAUACUCAAAUACGGAUUCGCCGAGAUCGCCGUGUUCAGCAUCUAUGCGGAGACAAUUUGGCAUCCACGGCCACUGGCACGCUUUUGGCAAUUGUAUGCUACUCUUGCUCCACAGCCGGCGUCAACGUUGCGCCUACAGGUGCGUCAGCAUUGGCGUUUCCUGGUCACCUUGUAUGGCACGCUGUCGCUGGAGGGUCUGCUCGUGUGCAGUUUGGCCAGCAUGCAGGUGAUGAGCCGGCAUAUUGUACUCUUCUGGAGCACCUUUCAGCCCUUUGUGCUCAUCGUGCAUCUGCGGAACACACAGUUUGUUCUCCAUCUGGAACUGUUGCGACAGCAGCUGCUGCAGCUGGAGCAUGAGCUGGCCCUGCUCGCCGAGUACUCGACGUUUGCCAGUGAUGUGGCCAGUUUCACUGGCUUCGAGGAGUAUCUGCGACGUCGUGUUCGCCACAAGCAAUUGAUCUAUGGUCGCAUCUAUGAGCUGGCCAAUUGUUUUCUGGUUGCCUUCAGGUAUUCUGUUCUCACCGUCCUGUUGAUGAUCUAUGUGCGUAUCGCUGUCGAUUGCUAUUUUAUGUACUACACGCUCUACAACAAGAUCAACAUUAUUGACUAUUAUCUACUGCUGCCGGCUGUACUGGAGAUUCCAGCAUUUAUUUACGUCUCGCAGAGCUGCAUGCAACUCAUGCCUCGCAUUGCCCAUCAGCUGCACAGCAUUGUGAUCACGUCGCCAGCUGUUUCGCUGCAGAUCCAGAACUUUUCGCUACAGUUGCUCCAUCAGGGUGUACGCAUCGAUUGCCUGGGCAUCACUGUUCUCGACAGCUAUCUGUUGACACGCAGUGUCACCGCCAUUUGUACAUACAUGAUUUUUACGGUGCAACUGAUGCCCAAGUUGAGUGGCACCUAUUGGUAGAUGGAACAACAAAGUGAUUACGACUCUGAGGUCAAGUCAAGUAUUUAAUAUUAAAGCUAUAUUGUUAUCGUUAUUGUUAUCCUUUAAAAUUAUAUCAAUAUAAUGCCUUAAAACGAGAUUUUCGGGGGCAGGGAGGAGGGGAUAUACAAUAAGCAAUCAUCUGCUUCAUCUGUAGGAAGCAUUGGGAACACGAGGCGGGAGGUGGAGCAUGUUGUUUGGGGGGGUUUUGUGGUUUGUUAUGCAGAUAGUUCAUUUCGUAUUUACACGUCUUGUAUA